AGAUGCGAAAGUACGGUCGAGUCGUCGGACUCCUUGUCCCAGAGUAACAUCACACUUUGUUGGUGUUGGUUUCCCAGCCAUGUCCCACCUCCCAAAUGCAGCGGCGGUGCUCUACCACUACCCGUGUCCAGACGGCGCAUUCGCAGCCCUGGCCGCCCACCUCUACCUGAGAGCCACCUCCACCCCCACCCUCUUCUUCCCCAACAGAGUCUACUCCCCCGUCUCCACCCACCAUCUCCCUCUCCCCCAAAUCUCCCACCUCUACCUUCUUGACUUUGCGGGUCCUCCCGAUUUCCUGCCCCAAGUCUCCCCCAACGUCCCCCAAGUCACUGUCCUUGACCACCACAAGACUGCUCUGCAACUGCUCCAGAGUUGGAAUCCCUCCAAUGCCCUCAAAGUCAUUGAUGUCGGGAGAAGUGGGGCCACCAUUGCUUUUGAUUAUUUCAAGCAGAGGGCGGUGGAGGAGGGGCUCCUGGAGGUUGCCGGGGAGUUUGAGAGGGUCAGGAGGGUGUUUGAAUAUGUUGAGGAUGGGGAUUUGUGGAGGUGGGGUCUUGAGAAUAGUAAGGCUUUUAGCAGUGGCUUGAACGACAUGAAUCUUGAGUUUGAUGUUGGGUUGAAUCCCUCCUUGUUUGACCAGCUGCUUUCUUUGGAUCUUGAGACUGUGAUCAAUGAAGGCAUGGUGAGCUUAUCAAAAAAGCAAGCGUUAAUAGAUGAGGCUCUUGAGCAGUCAUAUGAAAUUGCACUUGGGGGUGGGACAUUUGGACAUUGCCUGGCUGUUAAUGCAGAUUCUAUUUCAGAGUUGAGGAGUGAACUUGGACACCAGCUAGCUAAUAAAAGCUGCAAUCUAAAGCUGAGGGGCAUUGGAGCUGUUGUAUACAGAGUCCCUGAGCUAAAAAAUGACCAAUUCUUGAAAAUAAGCCUCAGGAGUGUGGACAAGGAAGACACGACCACCAUCUCUCAGGAAUACGGAGGUGGUGGCCAUCGAAACGCCAGUUCCUUCAUGUUAAGCCCUGCAGAAUUUGACAAGUGGAAGGUUUGAAAAGACGCUCCGCCUCCAUUUUUACUAAUGCCUUCAAAUCCAAAUCCAAUCGACUGUGGUGCCUCUAUGUAUCCAUCAAGGAGUAUCAACAUUUUAUUUAAUAAACUAAUACUUCAUUCUCUCUAUCUCUUUCUCAAGUUUUUCCUCUUGACCGUCUUAGGAAUUUGUUAUUCAUGUAUACAUGUAACUCAUGGUUCUUCAACACGAGAAAAAAUUGGUUUCAUUGUACAUAAA